AUGUCUAUAAAACCAAUAUCAACAAAUGAUUUAUAUCAACAUUAUAUUUCAUCAUUAAAUGUAUUACCAAAAAUUUCAAAAAAAAAUCAUCGUAUAACAAGUUUUUAUAUAAAUGAUAUACUUGAUGAUUCAAUAAAAACUUAUAAUAAAGAUUAUUGUCAAUCAAUUUUAAUAAAUAAUAAUAAUAAUAAUAAUGAAGAUUUAUUAAAUAAUAUAGAAAAGAAAAAAAAGAAAAAAGCUCGAACAACAUUUACAGGUAAACAAAUAUUUGAACUUGAAAAAAAAUUUGAAGAUAAAAAAUAUUUAUCAUCAACUGAACGUGCUGAAAUGGCAACAUUACUUACUGUUACUGAAACACAAGUUAAAAUUUGGUUUCAAAAUCGUCGUACAAAAUGGAAAAAAGCAGAAAAUAUAUCAAAUGCAGAAGCAGCUGAACAUAAAUUAGGUAUAAGAAAAAUGUCAUCAUCAUCAUCAUUAGAUCAUAAUCAAAAACAAUUUAUUAAAAUAUCUAUAGAUGAUAAUACAAGUUGUAAAAAUAGUAUUUGUAGUUCAAUGGAUUCACAACGAUCUGAUGAACAAAUUUAUAAUGCAUCAACUUUAUCAACAUUUCCUUUAUUUUAUUUUAAUGAUUUUCAACAUUUACUUCGAUCAUCAUCAUCAUCAACAUCAACACUUAAUGGAUGUUGUUCUUAUUCAAUUUCUUCACCAUCAAUUUCUUCACCUUUACUAAAUUCGGAAAUGAAUCAUUGUUCAUCAUCAUGUUCGACAUCUAUGAAUGAUAAUAGUGAUAAUUUUAAAGCAAAUGAAAAUAUGCGAGAUAUUCAAGAUCAUGCUCGAGACAGAGAACGUGAUUAA